AUGUGUACGAUGGCUACAGAAAUUUUUCUAAAAGAGAGCAACAUUUUGAUCAUGCAAUCUCCGAUCACUAUCUGUGGCGACAUCCACGGGCAAUUUUACGAUCUCAAGAAACUCUUUGAAGUUGGCGGAGAGUGCCCUGAUACAAAUUAUCUAUUUCUCGGCGACUUUGUAGACCGAGGCUAUUUUAGUUUAGAGACGAUUCUAUAUGUUUUGGCGCUAAAGCUGCGAUAUCCAGAUAGAAUUCAUCUCCUUCGUGGAAACCAUGAGAGCAGGCAAACGACGCAAGUCUAUGGCUUUUACGAAGAGUGCUUACGAAAGUACCAAAAAUCCCAAGUCUGGAAGGAAGUGACAGAUAUGUUCGACUACCUUCCUAUUGGAGCUUUGAUUAAUAACAAUAUUCUCUGCGUUCAUGGUGGAUUAUCUCCGUUGAUAUCGACGAUGGAUCAGAUUUCUGCUCUCGAUCGUUUUCAGGAGAUUCCUCACGACGGAGCCAUGUGCGACUUGUUAUGGAGCGAUCCCGAAGAGCGUCCGGGCUGGGAAGGCUGGAACGAAUCUCCUCGAGGCGCAGGUUGUCUGUUUGGAAAGGACCAGGUUCUAAAUUUUAACUCCACGAAUAAUCUGCGAUGCAUCGUUCGAGCCCACCAACUCUCGAAAGAGGGCUAUAAACGGAUGUUCGAUGACAAUCUAAUCACGGUCUGGUCUGCUCCGAAUUAUUGCUACCGAUGUGGCAACAAGGCUUCGAUCAUGCAAAUUAAGGAGAAUGGAGACUACGAAUUCCUGGUUUUCUUGGCGGCGGAAGCGGCGAAGCGGAAAGUUCCGGAGAAAGUCGAUCCUCCCGAGUAUUUUUUAUAGUCUAUACCCUUUUGUUUUCUUCUUUCUAUGACACUGUU